UGAUGCGCAUAUAAUUCCUCAGCAGAACUUGUCGACUUAAUUCAGUUGUGGGUUAAAUAGCAUUUUACCGCUACUCUGUGCUCAGAUCGCGGUGCUCACUGGCCACUGCUCAGUCGCUCAGUGGUAACUUGCACUCGUGCGGCUCGUGUGCUAUGUCGCUGUUCCGUCACGAUAGUCACGCGCACGUUAUCAAAUAUCAAUGCGUUUUUUCGUUCCACUGAUAAUAUGAAUAUAAUAUUUUAAGUUUAACUUGUCGUUUGUUUUUAAUGUCGAUCGAGAUAUCAAGAUUCAGUCUUAACAUUUCAAGUAGCAUCCAAAACAAGAGUUAAUCCUAGAUGAUUACCUGCACCCCAGGGCCUCCACGGUAUAUAUUCAGCAGGCGUAUUUGGCGGGUAUCCAUUUUCAGGAGUCCAAUUUGCAGACGGAUUUUGAAAGGUAAACAUGGAUGAGUCAAACAAUAUUAAAAAAGUAAAAAGUAAAGAGGUAUCAGAAAUUUACAAAAUAUUUGAAGAAAUAUAUUUGAAAGCGCCUCCUGUUUUAAAAGAUCUAUCAAACAACUCUGUAGAUAUUGAUUAUAAAGAAUUCAUACAAGAACAAAUAGAUUUUAAGAAAAUUGAUACAAAAUUUAAUAAUGGAGAAUACUGUUCUAUUACUGAUGCAAUAAAAGAUAUAAGGACAGUAUUUUUAAAUUGCUAUUCAUUUUAUGGUGUUAGAAGUGAUCAUACUAAAAAAUCAUUGGAAAUUGAAGAAUUAUUAGAAGAAAAAAUCAGUUGUCUUGAUAAAAAUUAUAAAUCACUGGCUAAUGUUGAUCUUACAUUCAAUUUGCUAAACAUGGAAAGUAAACAUAAUUCUAAAUUGAGAUAUCCAAAAGAUUGUUAUGAUUCAGUAUUGUUAAGAAGUGUUGCACAUUGUCGCCCUGAAAGAUUAAAGAAGUAUCAUAAAAUAUUGUCUACCACUCUUACCACUGAUGAAGAUAAUGCACAUAUUUUAGAAAAAAUAUUAUGUUGGGAAAAUGAAGUUUAUUUUAAUGACAUAUUUCAUCGAUAUAUCAGCUCAAUGUGGGAGCUACCAGAAAUAGGUAAUUUUGUGACUAUUAUAUUUAAAAAACUUGAUCUUGAUAUUAUUAAUCAAGGAGAAAUUGAAAGAAUGUUUUUAAUGCCUAAAGAAUCUACAACUAUGGGUAAAAUCAUGACUACUCUUUUGAUGCCAAUCAAAAAAACAAAGUUUGUUGGUCAAGUAAUGCCAUAUACAAUUUGGUCUGAAAAACUUUCAAGAAAAGUAUCAGACUGGUUUAAAGUAUACCACUCAAAAAAUAAAAAUAAAGUUAUUGUAAUGAAUUCACUAGGUAUCCAUCCAGAUUUUUGGACUGUUAUGAAUGAAAAAAAUCCUUUAGUUGAAAAAGAUUAUAGUGAACUCUCAUAUUUCAUGAAAGUUUGGCUUCUAAAAGGACUCUGUGAUUAUGUUUCUGUUAAAUUUAAAACUAUUAAUGAUAUUAUUACAAAUUGUAAUGAAAGACAAUGUACUAUAUGGAAAAAUGAUUUAGAAACCGAGGAAUAUUUCUUUUUUGAUUCAAUGCCGGAUUUAAGGAUAUAUUAUUAUAACAUUCCAUUUGAUGAACCAAGUCUUGAAUUUCUUGAAUCAAAAAAAACUGAUAAAGAAAUGGAAAAUAUCAAAGCUAAUCAACCUAUGAAUGGUUUUUGUUCAUUUAAAAAAGAAAAAAAUUUUAAGUUAAUUGCUGAUUCGGUUGAAGGUCUUCGGACAUUUCUUUAUAAAUUGGAUAUGGAAGGAACAUCUGUACCUGAAAAAUUAAUAACUGCUCUAGAAGAUUUUCUUAUGAAAAUUGAAUCAGAAGAAUAUAAUUUCAUUGUCUUAAACAAUGAUUCUAAAAUAAAAUUAUUUAAAGACUGUGAAUCAUAUCCAGAUAGAAUUCAAAAGGAUAAAGAUAAUAUAUCAUUUUGGGAAAGAAAAGAUUCAAAGUCAAUAGUUCAAGCUCCUGAUGAAGAAAUUAUUGUUGAGAAACGUCAAAGAAAAUUAAUCGUACAGCAAGAUUUUGAAACUGAUGACUAUUAUGAAUCUGAUGAAUAUAUUAGUGAAAAUGAUAAAAUCUUAUCUGAUUUUACUGACUCUGAAGAUGAAUGGGGUGCUAUUAAUCAGCCUAAAAAUAAAGUUAAACAACCACUGCAAACCCCUACUAAACUUCUUGAACUAGAAAAGCGGUUAUGUGUAGAAGGAAAAAUGCCAAAACACAAUGUUAAAAACAUAUUUGAUACUAGUCAGAGUUAUGAAUAUUAUGAACAUAAUAAAACAUUAGCUAGUUCAAAAAAUAAAAAUAAUCUAUCACUUUUAGAAAAGAAAGAUUCAAAGCCAACAAUAAAAGCUCAGAGUAAUGAAAUAAUUUUGAGAAAACGGACAAGACAAUUGGCGACAAGACAAUAUUUUGAAACUGAUAAGUACUAUGAAUCUGAAGAAUAUUUUAGUGAAAAUGAUGUUAAAUCCAUAUCUGAUUUUACUAAUUCUGAAGACGAAUGGGGUGCUAUAAACCAGCCUAAAAACAAAAUUAAACCAUUACUGCAAACACCUCCUAAACUUGCUAAAUUAGAAAAACGAUUGAGGGUAGAAGAUAAAGUGCCAAAACACACUAAAAUUAAAGUGUUUGAUACUAAUAAGAAAGAUAAUUCUAUCAAAUCAGUUGAAUUACCAAAAACUCAAAAUAAUGUUAAAUGUAAUAAUAAUACUAAUAAAAUUGUUUAUGAUCAUAAUAAAAGAGUGAUUGAUUCCAAAAACAUUGAUAAUGUUUUUAGUAAUGAAGAAAUUGUGCUUAUUGAUAGUGAUAAAGAAGAAAACGAAAAACCACCCGAUAGUUUAAAACCAGUAGAAAUUAUAACCGUAGAUGAAGAUAUGCAAAAUGAUUGUGAAAUUCUUUAUAAUAAUUUAGAAAUAUCAAUCUCUACUUGUACUGAAAAUAAAAAUAAUAAAACUAAUAAACAAGAUAAUUAUAAACCAACAGAAUCUGUUGUUAUUUCAGUUGAAGAUGAUGAUCAAAUUAUUAUUAGUGAUGAUGAAGAUGAUGUUCAAUUUAUUUCAAUGACUGUAACACACAAGAGUUCACCGUCAAAAAUUAAAAAACCUUGUAAUUUUAAAACUAACUUAAAUAGAUCAUACAACUCUGUUUCUGCAAACAGAAAAAUAAUUCCUACUAAUUAUAAUAAAUCUCAAGCAACAUCAUCUAUUAUACAAAAACUUUCACAAAAUGUUACUAUUAUGCCAGCAAAUGUACAUUUACCAAAAGGUAUUGAAGUCACUAUGGUUAAAACACCACAGAAAAAAAUAGACUCCCAUUUUAAUUCAAUCAAAAGGAGGUCAAUUAUGUCAAAUGGCCAUCUUCCAAAUAACUCUUCAAUGGUUAAUGUGAAAUGUCAAAUUAUUUCAAAGCCAGAUUUAAAUGGUGAAGUUAAUUUUUAUGUUAGAUUACCCAAUGGAAAAGAACAUCCUGGUCCUAAUGAACUUAUUAAUCAAUACCUUAAAGAACACAAUAACCAAUUACCUGACUAUUGGUUGGUGCCUUUACCAGUGGAAGUUGCUAAACAAUAUUGUAUUAACUAAAAGAAAAAAUUUCUUAUAGUAUAAUACAAAAUCCUUAUUCUUAUGAUCUCUAUACUAUUUUAAGGAUUUUUAGCAGUAUAAUUAAAUUUUUUUAAGUUUUUUUUAUGAUUUUUCCAAUCCUAUUUUGACAUUGUUAAUCGAAUAAUAUAUUUUUAAUACAAACAAGAAAUUGAUUAAACUUUAUAAUAAUAAAUAAAUAUUUGUGAUGUUUUU